AUGUUCUACGCACGAGAUCUGAACCGAACCAUGGCGCAACAGUGGCUCGCGACGGCCACGAUGAACCCGGCGCAGCAUUUCGACGGCGAUGAAGUAAUAGAGGCCUCGGACAUUGACGACGGCUACGAGACCGCGUCGACGCAUAGCUCCGUCCGCGGCGGGACCAUGUCCCUAUCCCCCAGUGUGCGCGAUUACGCUUUUGAGAACAACAGGCGAUAUCACCGCUACCGAGAAGGACGAUACCACUUCCCGAACGACGACUCGGAGCAGCAGCGCGAGUUCAUGAAGCAUGUUGUCAUGACGCAUUUAAUGGACGGGAAACUUCAUAGGGCGCCGGUGGAGAGUCCGCAGAGGGUAUUGGAUGUCGGGACUGGAACUGGGGUAUGGGCCAUUGAUAUGGGAGACGAGUAUCCGGAGGCAGAAAUCACCGGGAUCGACUUAAGCCCAAUAUGGCCGGACUGGGUUCCCCCGAAUGUGAAGUUCGUCGUUGACGAUGCCGAGGCAGAGUGGUUUCAUGAGCGAGAUUCCUUCGACUUCAUCCGAUUAGGGAAUAUGGCGCCGUCAAUACGAGAUUGGACUGGCUUAUUGAAAUCAGCAACGUUAAAACCCGGGGGAUGGAUCGAACUACAGGAGAUGCGCUGGGUAUACGGUUGCGACGACGGGACCAUGCCACCAGACUUCAUGCCGGUCAAGAUGGUCAAAAACAUAAGCGAAGGACUCGCCAAGUUCGGAGUCGACAUGCACGCCGCGGAGCGCAACCCCGGGCGCCUCGAGGCUGCUGGCUUCGUGAACCUCGUACACCAGGUGAAGAAGGUGCCCGUGGGCGGCUGGCCGAGGAACAAGUUCUUAAGGACCAUCGGCCUGUAUAAUUUGAGUGUCAUAUACGACGGCCUUCAUGCCGUGACGAUAGGGCCUUGUACGAGGGGGCUGGGAUGGACGGCGGACGAGGUUGAACGGUUUCUGGUGCAGGUGAGGAAGGACUUGAUGGAUUCUUCGGUGCAUUCAUAUGUGUAUUUUCAUACUCUUGCGGGACAAACGCCAUCAUGA